GCGAAGGGAACGGCGGAAGCAUGGAGGGGGGCGCACGUGUCUCUGCGCUCUGGGUCUAUCGCUCCGCGGCGGGCCCCGGGCUCUCGGUCUCCCUGCGGAGCAGGCGCAUAAAGAAGCGGCCCAAGCAAGGCAAGAAGGGGGUGUCCGGGGAUUGUCCCGCUCCAGCGGGGCCUGGGAAGGCGGAGCAGCCCGGAGGCUCCCAGCUCGGCGGAGACGCAGCAGCAGGGCCCGAGAAGGGGGAGCAGCCCGGAGCCGCCCAGCCCAGCCGAGGCGCAGCAGCGGGGCCCGGGAAGGCGAAGCAGCCCGGAGCCCCCCAGCCCGGCCGGGGCGCAGAAGGAGGGAAGCUGGGAAGGAGCCGGAAGGGGAAGCAGAGAGACGGGUAUCCCAUGCAAAGCCAAACUUCAGGGCUGCAGGAUAUCCCCAGGCCGCAUCUGGCAGGGGUGGCACCGGUGGGAGUAGGAAGGGGGGCCAGCAGCCCGCGGCCCCAGGAGCUCAUCACCGGCCCCUCUCUGCCCGACCUUCUCCAGGAGCUGGGUCGGGUCCAGCACAGCAGGCACCGGGCAGCCAAGCUGUUUGAGUGGCUGAUUACGCCCAUCUCCCCACAGCAGUUCUUUGAGCAGAGCUGGGAAAAUAAACCUCUCCUCAUUCGGAGACACAACCCAGCAUACUACCAGGGGCUCUUCUCCACGGCCACCUUCGAUGCAAUCCUGCGGGACAAUGAUGUCCAGUUUGGGGUAAACUUGGAUGUAACAAGCUAUGUGGAUGGGACGAGGGAAACCCACAAUCCUGUUGGCAGGGCACUGCCUGCUGUUGUAUGGGAUUUCUACAGGAAUGGCUGUUCCCUGCGGAUGCUGAACCCGCAGGCCUUCUCUGCCACUAUUUGGCAGUUCCUCUCCAUCCUACAGGAGCAGUUUGGGAGCAUGGCUGGAGCAAACACAUAUCUGACACCCGCGGGCACACAGGGCUUUGCUCCACAUUACGAUGACAUUGAAGCUUUUGUGAUCCAGCUUGAAGGGAAGAAGCACUGGCGGGUUUAUGGUCCUAGGCAUGAUACAGAGGUGUUGCCCCAGUUCUCAAGCUGUAACUUUGCUCAGGAGGAGAUUGGAGAGCCCAUUCUGGAGACAAUACUUGAAGCUGGGGACCUGCUUUAUUUCCCCCGUGGAUUUAUCCAUCAGGGGGACUGUCUUCCUGAUGCACACUCACUCCACAUAACUGUUUCUUCAUACCAGAGGAACUCCUGGGGAGAUCUGCUGGAAAAACUCCUACCAGCAACCUUGCAGAUGGCCAUAGAAGAAGACGUGGAGUACAGGCAAGGGCUCCCUAUAGAUUACUUAGAAUAUAUGGGGGUCGUGAACUCAGAUGUGGUUGAUUCUCGCCGAGGUGCCUUUAUAGAGAGAGUACAGAAUUUGAUAAAGAAACUGGUGGACUAUGCACCAAUUGAUGCUGCAGUGGAUCAGAAAGCUAAGUUGUUUCUUCACGACUGCCUCCCUCCCAUGCUAACUGAACAUGAAAGGGCACUGAGUAUACAUGGUCUUCCAGCCAGGUGGGAAGAUGGAGAUGUUCGUGAUACUGAUAUACCGAUAAAGAAAGGGACUCAGGUACGGCUGCUCCGUCACGGCAUCAUUAGGUUGUGUAAUGAAAGAAAUGGUGUGCUGCUCUAUUACACAACAGAAAACUCAAGAGUGUACCACAAGGAGGAGCCCAAGUACUUGGAGAUAGAUCCUGAGUUUACAGAUGGUAUUGAAUUUCUGCUUUCUUCGUAUCCAGAAUAUGUCUGUGUGGAGACCCUUCCAUGUGAUACCUUGGAUGAUAAGAUCUCCUUAGCUACCUUCUUGUUUGAAAAGGGCCUGCUGAUUACCAAGAAACCUCUGGUGCCCAUGUAAUUUGUUAAAUUAUGAUCAAAAUAAAUAUACUGAUCGUUUAGAAAAA